AUGCUCUCGACUAUAUCAUCACACCCCGCGCCGCCCACCUUCUCAUCGUCACCUGCGCUGCAGUCCACCAUGGCCGCCUCGCUGCCUAUAAUGCCCUCGCGGCCCUCGCAGCGCCCUAAGCUCACCGUCAACACCCACCAGCCCCGCAUCUUUGGCAAAGGAGCCUCGUUACGGCUUGACACGCUCAGCGCAGUCUCUCCCACAGUGCGCAACACCUUCAACAACGCAUAUGAGCCUACUACUACAACAAACACAUCGAACACGCUAAACACUUUCGUCGCACCACCACCUGGACCGCCUGCAAAGCUGCGCCUGGAGAUUGGCAGCACGACCUCCAAUCCAGCCAGCAUAUGCACCCCUGACUCAGCCUCGACUCUCUCCUCAUCAACACUCACAUCAGCCUCCAGUGAAUCAGCUAGCAGCACAAUACCGUACAAGCAACCCCACAACCUCAACUCCAUCCUCGCCAACAGCCGGAUAGUCCCACGCAAGAUGGCCUCCAGACCCAUGUUCCCUGCAGAGAAGCGCGUGUCCUUUCGCACGCCGUUAGAAGAGGAGAUCAAGACCGUCAAGUACACCUGGGCCAACUCAGAUUUGGAGUCUUCAAGUUCGACGUUGACGUCCUUGGAGUCCACAUCGACAGACUCAACCUCCACUGAAUCAGAAGCUACUGCGACACAUCAUUCGGUCACCCCCAAACUCCAACUCAGCAAGCCCUCGCUGUCUCUCCAGUCGUUUUCAGAAAAGCCCACCAUUGCAAAAAUAGAGAGCUCGCCUCGUCAAAGAAAGCCACCCAGACUUGGAGAUAAACGGGACUCGUCUGAGUCUGAGGACGACAGCGACACCUGCCCACAGACGCCCGUCGCCGGCCGACGGAAACGCAGUCGCGACUGGCGGUGGACACUAGGCAAGCUGCCUGGCGACAACGUAUCGACAGCCUCGACAGGCAGCGAUGACGACAGCAGCUAA